AUGCUACACAUUUUGAACUCGCAAUCAGAAAGAUUUUCAUUAUUACACGUUAUCUAUGCAUCACAUUCAGACUUUCAAUUCCCAACACCUCCCUUUGACAAAUUCAGAAUUCUAUUCUCCUGGUUCUCACUAAACCUUACAACUAAUAACUUUACAAUCACACAAUACAUCAUUUUAACAGUAUAUACUCUAACAGUGUUAUUAGUCGCUGGGACAGGAAUAAUGGAAUUUCCACUAUACAUUGGUUUUGUAAAAUUAUGUGCCAUGGCGUGGGUGGUAAAUGCAUUAGAAUUACGAUUUACGAAUAAUCCAGUAUUAUGGGUCGAUCUAUCUACAAUGUUGGCACUUUUUUACGCGUUCUAUCUCGCGUAUAAAUCAAGAGAAAUCGUGCAUAAGGAAACACGUGAGUUUGAGAUUCAUGGGCCAAAACUGGCAAGCAUUUUUAGGCCGUAUUUUUGGUACCGGAUGAUGGUACCGUUUUAUAUCCCUUUUAAUGUGACGGUUGAUCGCGACGUUGUAUAUGCGACACCUCAAGAAAUUAAAGAAUUGGGUGUAGAUCAGACGAAAUUUUUUAAGCUUGAUAUCUACAAAGAAAAAACCACGAAAAACAUUGAUAAAAGACCAGUUUUGAUAUUUAUUCAUGGAGGAAGUUGGAUACAAGGUGAUAAACGAGUACCAUAUCCUCAACCAUCAUUCAUGGCAUCACACGGAUGGAUAGUAUUAUCGAUCAAUUACCGACUAUUCAACUAUCCGAAUCAAUUAAUCGAUUGUAAGCGCGCGAUACGAUGGACAAAAGAAAACGUUUCACAUUACGGCGGAGACAAAGAUUUUAUAUACAUUUCGGGUGAUUCAGCUGGUGCUCAUUUAGCAACCAUGGCUGCACUUACCCCCAACAACCCAAAAUAUCAACCAGGGUUUGAAAAUGCCUCGACAAGUGUUCGCGCAUGCGUAUCGAUUAAUGGGAUCUACGAUUUAACGAAUAUGCAUGAUUAUUUUCCGGGCCGGGAUAUCAUUCCAGAUUGGAUUGCACAAGUCGUGUGUGGAUUAAAAAAUGGAAUUGCCGAUGUGGCGUCUAGAAGAGUUCUUGAGGAUGGUAGUCCCGAGUUAUUGUUGAAACAUCGUGUAGAAAAUAAUCUUGAAGUUGUACCUUUUUUGGUAUUUCAUGGUGAUCGUGAUAAUCUCAUACCUGUAAUUCACACUCGGCAAUUCAUCAAAUUAUUUAAAAUGACUAAUUCGAAGUCCGUCUACAUUGAAUAUCCGGGUGGACCUCACGGAUAUCAUCUCACUCAUGCACCUAGAUGUCAUUAUCAUAUGAUUGCAAUGCUUAGAUUUCUUAAUUGGAUGUACGAUACACAUAAAAAAAAACACGAGAAAAAUGUUACUUUUGAAAUUUAG